AUGAAGGCCAAUGGUAUCCUGGAGAGCAUUGAACGUAGCAAGCAGAUUGAUGGAGAUUAUCCUUUCCCUCUACUCUGCCCUAAAAGUAGCAGUGUGCAAAUACCACUAAAAGGAACUUUAAUACUGAGACACUUCACCCUGAGUGGGGUCUACACUUGUUCCAUUGUUUAUCAGCUAGCAGCAAUGCAAUCUGAUAAAAGCAUUGUAAUAAUUGUUAUCAAUCCAGCAAACUUGUUGCUGAACUGUCUUGUGAGGUUGCAUAAGUUAGAAUGCAUUCAUGUAAAAAUGAAGAGAUGUCUACAGAAUGCAAUCUUUUUUACAUUUUCAGACCAAAAUCUUAUAGAGAAAUUCUUUAAGCAACAAGUAGAAAGUAACAGGCACACUUCUGAACCAUUGGCUGAAACACUUUAUAAAAUUGUUUUGGGCUGUAAUCCUGUCAAGUCUGCCAAGGUGACCUGUACUAGAUCAGUGGUAUAUGCCCCAGGAUUGUACAAUCCUAGUGAUAGGAUUCACUGUCUUCAGUGCAGCUUGAUAUAUGGAGAAACAAAGUGCUAACAGCUGAGGGAUUUGCAUUCUUGCAGCAGCUUUUACAUAUUUUAACAUGAUAUUAUUAAUAAAUAUUUUUUUAAUGCAUACAGUUUGUUUUGGUUACAUAAUAAAAUAUAUAUUUUUUUAAGAAAUAACAAUUCAUCAGCGUAUCGGUAAAAAGUUUUAGGUCAUACACUUAGGACUACUUAGUUUUUAAAGUCUUUGUAAUAUCUGUUAGGUUAAGAGCAGCAGAGACAACUUUAAAUCACAAGAAGAAAAUAUAAAAUUGCAGGUAUUUUGCAUACUUAGUUCUUUGCUGACAGACCUCACCUCCUCUCAACACGGGCUUCUGUAAGCUGCCUCUGUUGUAUUUUUCAUCUACCUGUGCAUUCAGUGCUUGGUUGAGUGGAUUAUAGUGAAAAUCUCACUGUGUACAUCGAACACUGAGAGGUCACAAAUGUUGUAAUGUAGCCUCAAAUGCAAAAACAUCCAAAAAACUUUCUUUCAAGAUGAUAGUGUCACUACUGACCCCUUGGUAACUUCUUCCCAAAGAAUGUAAAAUUCCACUUCGGUCUGUCAUCUGUUCUAGCCGUAAAGAAAAUAUACUGAAAAUAUACUGGACUCAUGUCCAGCUCUUCAUCUACCAAGUCCUUCUUCACAGGGCUGCACCCAAUCCUUUCAUCCCUCAGCCUGUAUUGAUAAUGGGGGUUGCCCUGCCCCAUGUGCAGGACCUUGCACUGGCCCUUGUUGAACCCCAUGAGGUUUACAUGGGCCUACUUCUGAGGCCUGUCUAAGUGCCUCUAGAUGACCAUUUGUCCCUCAGGUGUGCUGCCUGUACCACUCAGGUUGGUGUCAUCUGCAAUCUUGCUGAGGGUGCACUUAAUCCCUCUGUCUACGUCAUUGAUGAAGAUAUUAAACUGUACCAUUCCCAAUGGAGCCCUGAGGGACACUAUAUGUUAUGGGUCUCCAUCAGGAAACUGAGCUGUUGACCACUUCCUUUUGGAUGUGACCACCCAAUUAAUUGUUCGUCCACUGAACAGUCCACACAUAAAAUUCAUAUCUCUCCAGUUUAAAGAGAAGGAUGCUGUGGGGACCACGUUUGGGGCCUUAUGGAAGUCGAGAUAAACAACAUUUGUAGCUCUUCCCUUGCAAUUGGAAUUGCAUCCUAGGUGGUGGGGUUUUUUUGUUUUUUUUUUUUUUUUUUUUUGCUGUGACAGUGUUUUAACUGUGAGCAGUGAAUGUAAUUUCUGAAAUGCGACAUUUCAAAAGACUGAAAAUUUAUAUUUUCAUUGUGCUUGAGCAUAAGUAUUUUGAAGAAGAAGAAGAAGAAGAAGAAGGGUUCUGGGAAGUAGUUGUGGACUUCUCAAAACUGAACAAGUUAUACACGUUCUGAAACAGUACUUACUUUUAUCAAAAAAAGUGGUGAUAAAUCUGAAUUCUUGGAGAGUCAGAAAAAUAGUACAGCAUAUUCAGUUCAAUGCAGUCUCCCUAGUUUGUGUUUUGGUUUUAGUGAAUACUGGGAAGAAGGUAUAUUUUUGCAGACAGAAAACCCGUGGUAAAAAACAUUUUCUUCAAGUGGCUGCGAAGAAAAUUCAUUGCCUGGUAAGGGGCAUAAAUGGAGUGUUCAGCUCUUUAUGUUGGAUUCUUAAAUAAUUUGUGCCUUUCAAAAACUGAUAUAUAUUAUGGAGCUAUCAGUUUAGUUAUUAAAGAGACUAUCAAAAGUAACAUCAAAUACUUUACAAUCAUGACAGCAAAGUUUAUAUUACACCAUAUGAGAACACAAGGGAUUAUUUUCCAAAGUGACUGAACAUUUCAUUGUAGAUUUUCCUUUCUAAUUUGUAUUAAAGACUUAAAUCCAAUGUAAUUUAAACUUGGCUUUCAAUUUUUCUCUUCUGGAGAGAAAUUCUAGUCCAAUAAUUUGCUGAAUACAUAUUCAGCUAUAGCAGGCUGCGUGGGGUCAUGUCCAGUUGGGUUUUGGUCACCUUUAAGGAUGGAGAAUCCACCACAUCUCUGAGCAGCAUCUUUCAUUAUUCAACCACCUUUACUCUAUGAUUUUCUUUUUCAUCUCCAACUAGAAUUUCCUGUAUUUCAAUUUGUGCCUAAAUGCAUUUCUCAUUUACUUUUCUUGUGAUAUUCUUUGAAAAUCACUGUAUGAAAUACCUGUAUGAGAUUGUAGAUAUGUUUUUCUUUCUUUAAGAACAUUUCUAUCAAAACACUCAUUUCUGCUGUCUCGUAUCCCAUCUUUCCUCUUUUUCCCUUUUUCCCUUUUAGAUCUCACAUAAGUAUUUAACUGAACACCAGUACUUCCAUUUUUUGUUGCUUGGAUGAGUAGUAUGAAGAAUCCUGUUGCAGUUCUAUAACUGUUCACUUCUAUAAUUACCUGAAGCUAUGUCGAAUAUCAUCUCUUCAGGCACCUACCUACACAGGUUUGAUGCCAAAUUCAUGUGUAGUGCAGAUGGUACCACUGCGUUCCUGGUCUGGCUGGGAUGGAGUUGCUUUUUGUAGGAGGCACGGUGCUCUGUUUUAGAUUUCUGAUGAAAAUGAUGCUGAUAACAUAACAGUAUUUUGGCUGUUGCUGAACAGUGUGUGAAUAGCAUUGAGACCUUCUGUUCCUCACUCACCCUGGGUGAGUAAAGUUGAGGUGCACAAGAGAUUGGAAGGGGACAUAACCAGGCAGGUGACUCAAACUAACCAAAAGUUACCCCGUGCCACAGAACAUUCUACUUGGCACUAAACUGGAGAGGAACAAGGUUUAGGUAAGGUUAGCUAUCUUUUGCUUAGGAAAUGGCUGUCUACCAGUCUGCCCAUGGGAAGUGGUGAGUGAUUGCCAUUGCGUCACUUAUUUUGUUCUUUCUUUCCUUUCUUCUUCCAUUUCUCUGCUUAUUAAAUUAUUUCUCAAUCCAUGAAUUUUUUUUGCUUUUACUCUUCCUUUCUUUUUUUUCCCCUGUCCCACUGGGGGUGGUCACUGGGGGAGUAGGUGGGCAGCUUUGUGGUGCUUAGCUACCUACCAAUGUUAGCCCACAACACACUGUGUGCCAGCUGUGGUUCUGCUCUUGGGCCAGGCUGGUGAGAUCUGCCCAAGAGAAGUCACUUAGCCUAUUUUUCAUCUCAGGGAUAACCAAAGAACCCUCACAUGGUAUAAUAAGUAAUAUAAUUAUGUCUCAAAAUAUGAUUUCUUUAAGAAGGUACUUGCAGAGCCGAGUGUCAGGAGAAAUUUUCUACAGGAGAAGAGGGUUUUCUGUAGCGUGUUUGCAUAUGUACACAUCCAUUUCAGGAAGUUAUUAUUCAUUUGAUUUUUGUAUGAUUUAAAACUAAGUAAAAACAAUAAUCUGUUUUCUCCUCUCCCAUUCUUUUUGUGACUAGACCAAUACCGUGCAUACUUUACCGCAGGACCAUGUGCAAGAGACAGUUCCUUGAUUUCCAAUUUGGUCACCCCUCUUCCCCUCCCAUACUGUCUCUGGGGAAAAUAAUGCCCAGUGACAAACGGACUCAUGCUCAAAAUACAGAUGUAACUGUGUUCCACUGGAGUCACUGGCAGAAGUCCCAUGGUCUUCAGAA